AUGAGGACCAUCAUCUUUCUUUUGACCAUUACUGCAUUGGCUGCUGCCUUUCCUGGAACAACCAAAUUGCAUUAUCGCAAUUUGUACAAACCCCCAGUCGGCGAAAUCAAGCACAAACCCAACCCCAGAAUCAUCGGAGGCCACGAAGCCCUCCCCCACUCCAUCCCUUUUCAAACAUUUCUCGAAAUUUACAACGAUGGUGAAGCUUGGUACUGCGGGGGUUCCCUCAUUUCGCAAAACUACGUGUUGACUGCCGGUCAUUGUGGCGAUGGGGCUACUGAAGUCCAGGUGACUCUCGGAGCCCACAAAGUCUUCGAAACUGAAGACACUCAAGUCAAAAUGACCAGCAAAGAGAUCAAAGUUCAUGAAGAAUACGAUGGAGGGCUUAUUGUUAAUGACAUUGCUGUUAUCAAACUUCCACAACCUGUCAAUCUUACUGAUUCUGUUAAAAUUGUGGCCUUGCCUAGUAAGAUUGAUGUUAACAACACGUUUGUUGGCACCACUGCGAGGAUUAGUGGCUGGGGAUUGACCAACGGUUUUGGUGAUCUUUCAGAAGUUUUGCGUUACGUCGAUGUUAAUGUUAUUACAAAUAUUGAUUGUGGAAAUCAGUUCGAUGAAGAGUUUGUUGAUUCGAUUUUGUGUACGUCAGGGGGUAGUGAUAGUGGGUCUUGUGAUGGGGACUCUGGGGGUCCUCUUAUUGUCGAUGGAGUGCAAAUUGGGGUUGUUUCGUUUGGAGUUAUGUGGUGCUUGCCAGGUUACCCUUCUGGAUUUUCCAGAGUUACCAGUUUCUUGGAUUGGAUUGCAACUAAUUCCGAUGUAGUGAUUAAUUAA